AUGAGACCUAGCAACGAGAUGAUGCCAUUCGAUGAAGAUAUCGAACAGCUGUACCUGUUUCGAUUCUUCAUCGUUGAUCUUUGUUCUUGUCUUGCACAAGAAUAUGAAAAACUGAAACAGCGAGAAAAGAAUGUACUCCGAGUCUAUCGUGGCGUUAAUUUAUCGAGUGAGGAAUUUGAGAAGCUGAAAGAGAAUGAAGGCAAACUGAUUUCGACCAAUGGCUUUCUCUCAACCAGUCGUUCUCGUGAAGUAGCUUUGCAUUUUGCGGGUGAAUCAGCAAAACAUCGAGAUGAGGUUGGCGUUUUGUUUGAGAUCGAGUGUGAUUUAAGUGAGCUACAUGAUGCUAUUACGGUGGCUGACAUUGCCCACUUCAGCAAUUUCGCUGAUGAAGAGGAAGUUCUCUUUGAUUUAGGUGCGACGUUCGAGAUACAUUCUGUUCAUCGAAGAGAGUCGAAUGUUUCUGUUGUAGAAAUGGUAGCGACCGGUAUAGGAAGAGAAACUGCCCAAGCGUAUAUCGCAUUGAAUAGAAAAGAGUUGAAAGAGAGCAGCCUUGCGGUGAUGUUUGAUACACUUCUCUGUGACAUGGGACAAUAUGACAAAUCACAGACGUACUUUGAGACUCUGCUGCGAAAUCCAGGAGUAGAGGAUCUUGCACACAUUCAGGUUAGUCUUGGUCGCACUCAUGAGGGUAAAGCUGAAUAUGCUAAAGCACUGGAACUAUACGAGUGCGCAUACGAGAUCAUGAUGAGCACAAGGCCACCACGCGUCAAAGAGUCAGUCAGUGUACUUAAUAAUAUUGCCAAUGUCUAUGCUCAUAAAUGUGAAAAUGAUCGUGCUUUGGAAUAUUAUGAGAGAAGUCUAAUGAUAAGAGAAAAAUGUUUGCCAGCUGAUCAUCCAGAUAUUGGAGCCAGUCUAAAUAAUAUUGGACUCGGUUAUUCGAGAAAAGGCGAGUAUGAUCGUGCUUUGGAAUAUUAUAAGAGAAGUUUAAAGAUAACAGAAAAAUGUUUGCCAGCUGAUCAUCCCCAUAUGCCUAGUAGUCUGAAUAAUAUUGGUGGUGUUUAUGUUGACGAAGGCAAGUAUGAUCGUGCUUUGGAAUACUAUGAGAGAAGUUUAAAAAUAAGAGAAAAAUGUUUGCCAGCUGAUCAUCCAGAUAUUGGAGCCAGUCUAAAUAAUAUUGGACUCGGUUAUUCGAGAAAAGGCGAGUAUGAUCGUGCUUUGGAAUAUCAUGAGAGAAGUUUAAAGAUAACACAAAAAUGCUUGCCAGCUGAUCAUCCAGACAUUGCUAGUAAUCUGAAUAAUGUUGGUCUAGUUUAUUCGAGAAAAGGCGAGUAUGAUCGAGCUCUGGAAUAUUAUGAGAGAAGUUUGAGGAUAACACAAAAAUGUUUGCCAGCUGAUCAUCCACAUACUGCUGAUAGUCUGAAUAAUAUUGGUAGUGCUUAUUCUGAUAAAGGCGAGUAUGAUCGAGCUCUGGAAUAUUAUGAGAGAAGUUUAAAGAUAACACAAAAAUGCUUGCCAGCUGAUCAUCCAGACAUUGCUAGUAAUCUGAAUAAUGUUGGUCUAGUUUAUUCGAGAAAAGGCGAGUAUGGUCGUGCUUUGGAAUAUUAUGAGAGAAGUUUGAGGAUAACACAAAAAUGUUUGCCAGCUGAUCAUCCACAUACUGCUGAUAGUCUGAAUAAUAUUGGUAGUGCUUAUUCUGAUAAAGGCGAGUAUGAUCGAGCUCUGGAAUAUUAUGAGAGAAGUUUAAAGAUAAGAGAAAAAUGUUUGCCAGCUGAUCAUCCACAUACUGCUGAUAGUCUGAAUAAUAUUGGUGGUGUUUAUGUUGACAAAGGCGAGUAUAAUCGUGCUUUGGAAUAUUAUGAGAGAAGUUUAAAGAUAAGGGAAAAAUGUUUGCCAACUGAUCAUCCAGAUAUUGGAACCAGUCUGAAUAAUGUUGGACUAGGUUAUUCCAGUAAAGGCGAGUAUGAUCGUGACGAUCAUGUUGUUUUUUGUGAUUAACCAAUAGUUGUAUAUUUUGGCUUGUGCGUGUCAGUUUUUACGUUGGCUUUUAAUUGAUCUUUUUUAGCGUCGCUGAGGAGUGGGCGUGUGUUUCUUCGAUUUCAGUUGCAGUCAUUGGAUUUGAUAGUAGCAGCUGAUUUGUGUAGUUUUAUAUUGAGUGUUGCAGAAGAAAAGAGAGUAGAAAAGUCAGUUUCAUCUUUUGCUGCAUAUAAUCGGCG